ACCCUCCCCGGGGGUGCCCGUAGCCCCCAUCCCGCGGUGCCCCCACUCUCGGCGUGACGUCCUCCCCCCGUGGACUCUCGAAACCGCAGCCGCUUUUCCGCGCUCCCUCCCCUCCCCGCCCGGCCGGAGGUGCAGGCGGAGGGUGGCCCACGACGCCCCGCGGGUGCCGGUGCUAGGGCUGCCCUCGCCCCGCCGUGCCAGCCCUCGCCGGUGAGUCCUGCAGUUGGGAUCCCACCGCGUCCCGUCAGCGCAGGUCCCAUGGCGCUGGGCUGGGCCGUGCUGGUGCUGCUGGUGCUGAGCCCCCUGCGGGCGUGUGGGGCUGAGCUGCUGGAGCCAGGGGUGCCCCGGGGCGGGCAGUGGGUCUGGGGGGAGGCCAAGCCCCUGCCCCUCUCCCGUGGGAAGAGGGAUGACAGUGGGCAGGAGCCCAGUGCCUCCACAAAGAUCAGCAGUGACAAGAGCAAUGUGCCACCACCAGCACCCGGCACCGAGGCCAGCCUGCUCCGGGUGCCAACCACAGCCGAUCCCAUGGAUGAUUCCCCCGAGCCUGAGCUGCUCCUGAGCUCUGCAGUACCAGUGCCCAGCACCAACGCCAGCCUGCUCCCGGUGCUUGCAGUGUCCACCACAGCCGAGCCUAUGGAUGAGACAGAUUCCCCUAAACCCGACUUACUGGAGGACUCUGCGGCACCAGCAGUGCCCAGCGCCAGCACCAGCCUGCUCCGGGUGUCCGUAGUGCCCACCACAGCCGAUCCCAUGGAUGAGACAGAUCCCCCUGAUCCCGACCUGCUCCCGAGCUCUGUCCCACCACCAGCACCCAGCACCAAGGCCAGCCGGGCACUCGUGGUGCCAAACACAGCUGAUCCCAUGGAUGAGACUGAUUCCCCCGCUCCCGACCUGCUGCCAGGCUCAGAGCCUGGCACUCCAUCAGCAGCCCAAAAGAGCAUCACCACCACCACCACCCCCAGCUGGCUCACGGCACCCAUCGAGGAGGGCACAGUGACUGAUGGCCUGGACAGCAGCUCCUCCACGGGGCCACACUCAACAGCCGCCCCAGCCCUUGUCCUCACCAGCACGGGCUACAAGAAACCCAAGAAAUCCGAAGCUCUGCCUGCAUCGACCCUCCCGGCCUCUUGGGACACGACGCCGGUGGCCACCGCGGUGCCCUGGGAGCCCAGCGGGGUGAUAAGCAAGUGCCUGCUGGCCAUCCUGCUGCUGGGGCUGGUGGCCGCCACCUUCCUGGUGUGCACGGGGGUGCUGGGGACGCUGCUGUGGCGGCGGGCGCGGAUGGGGCAGCGCCGGUUCAGCCCCACCGAGAUGGUUUGUAUCUCCUCGCUGCUGCCCGACGCAGAGGCUGCCGCCGGCCCCCGGCCUGUCCCGGCCCGGAGGCACAAGCUGCUGCUGCCCGACGGCAGCUCCGAGCCCGAUGGAGACAACCUGACUCUCAGCAGCUUCCUGCCGGAGCACUCCUGAGCCCCGGGCAUGGCUCCCGCAUCCCGCAGCGCUGCGGGGCCGCGUGCCCGGUCCCCGGUGGAGCCGCGGGCAGCGUGCCCCUGUCCCCCGGUGUUUUAGCUUGGACCAGUGUGACGGAGCUGCUCCCCCCGCGGCCAGCUCAGCCCUCGAAGCCCAUCCCAUUAAAGAGUUACCCGGACAUGGUGGUCUCUUCCUGGCAGGGACGGCACCCGUCAGCCCCCUCCCGGCCCCGCCGCCUGCCCACAUCCUGCUGCCAAAAUUUCGCUUCUCCAUCCUCCCCCUCAAACCCCUGGGGGAGCAGAAACGAAACCCGCGGCCACUCCUUGCCGGGCAGGGACCAGACCCCGGGAGCUUGGGGAUGGGACCGCAGCCCCCGGGGCCUCGUGGGAGCUGGAAGG